AUGCCCAAACGAAAGCGCCAAGACGAAGGGCAGGAGGAGGAUAUAGCGAUUGAAGACCAGGCUCUGCGGAUAAAAGUCACCAGGCUAAAGGCCAAAGUCCACCAGGGCAUCAAGCGCCUGCAAUCGGCGUUAAAAUUGGCUCGGGGAUUCGAACGCCAGAAGCUCGGUCGCCGACAGAAAACAGCCAACGAUGAGCCCCAGACUCUUUUGCGACUACGAGAGGAGGUCGUUGUGCUGAAACAACUGCAACUCGACCAAACAGCGCAACGAUAUCUGCUCAAGCACUUGGUCAAGGCGAAGCGAAUAAGGGAACAUCCGGCAUUCGUUCAUGCCUAUGGCCAGAAUCCUGCCGUUGACCCCACCAAGUCAACGGCCGAGGCAAAUGUAUUGGGCAGGUUGUUCAAAGCCACGCCUGUGAAGAAUGUUGUACCUGAAAUUAUGAAAACGAUCUAUGAUGUGCUUGGGAUCCCUCAAACAGGACCCAGCAGUGAGACUGAUGGGAAGUCAUCUGUCCCCAAGUCGAUCAAGCAAACAAUACAUUCUGUCGAAGCAGAAGAGGAAGAAUUCCACGGCUUUUCGAGUGACAAUGCUCAACCAAAUGGCCAUGAGCAUCUCAGUCAAGCCUCGGGAUCAGAUUCAGAAGAAGACCGUCUGCUUUCUGAAUACGCCGCUGGUAGGCUGGCCUCUUCAAGUGGUGGCGAGUCUGAGAACGAUGGGUCUGCAGAUCACAAACGCUUAGACUCUCAAUAUGGCAAUUCGAGGCGGGAUAUUUCAGUCUCACCAAGCCCAAGUGACUCCUUAGAUCGCGCAGAAGCACGAACCGGCGAUGAAAGCUCAAUCCAGAGGCUCACAAAAACAGCAUUCCUGCCAUCCCUCAGUCUUGGAGGAUACUAUUCCGGAUCGGAGUCCGAAGAUGAGGACACAUACAAGCACCGCGGUCCCGCCGAACCGAAAAUCAGAAAGAAUCGGCGAGGACAGCGAGCGCGACAGCAGCUGGCGGAAUUGAAAUUCGGCAAGAAUGCGAAACAUCUAGCCAAACAGAAAGAACAGAACCCUCGAGAUGCAGGCUGGGAUCUAAAGAGAGGCGCAGUGGCUCCGGGUGAUAGGCCUAGGGAAAGAUUCCGGAAAAGUGGCGACAAAACGAUGUCGAAUGGCAACACUACAGGACCAGCAAGGACCACUAAAUCAAAGUCAAAGACGAGAGAUGAUGGAGGCGCACUGCAUCCCUCGUGGGAAGCGGCGAAGAAACGAAAGAUGCAGGAUCAGGUUCAAGCGACUUUCGCUGGAAAGAAGAUCACAUUUGACUAG